AAUAAAACCUCAACACAUCAUCUUCCCGCUCACCACCUACCACCCUUUCACCCUUCUCUACCGCCCCUGAAUUUUGGUACUCGGAUCAUGACUGCCAAACAGCCAAAAUCCAUUCUCAAGAAAACCCGAGAACCUUCUUCCUCUGCCACAGCCGUCGUUGGCAGCACAAUUGUUAGCGCGGGUCCACCAACAUCCCAAUCGAAGUCCCUCCCGACCCCAGAGGAAGCUCAGGCAAUUGCACUCUCUCACGCCCACUCGAUCCAGAUCCGUAAAGUCCUCGAGCUCUCAAUUUUAGCCUCCUUAGAGCAAUUAGUAGACUUUCCACUUCCGGACAGCACUUCUACCGAUCUAAAAUGCCACCUCCGUUACUUCCAGCCCUCCGACUUCGAUUCCUUAAUGGAGGAAAGGGGGAUCUGUGAUAAAUGCUCGAACCCACUAUGUCCUAAACCCCGUAAGAGGUUAGCUGGCGGAGGGAAGUCUACCUAUGCCCUCGUAGACAAAGGGAAGAAAACCAUGAGGUUUGUGGAAAAAGAGAAGCUCGAGCAGUUUUGCAGCGAUAUUUGCGCUCGACAGGGGUUGUGGUUGAGGGUUCAACUGAACACCGAGCCUGCAUGGACCAGAGCAGAAAUAAUUAGCGAUGUUCAAGUCGAUGAGAAAGGCGUUGUUUCGGGGUUGGAUCUCACCGGCGAGAAGUGGCGUGGCGGGCUUGGGGCUGCAAUCCUCUUAUUGGAGGAAGCAGAAGAGCAAAGACGGCAGGAAAAAUGGAACAACACCAAGGAAGCAGAUAUUGAAAAGCUUGCGGAGGAGUUGAUGGAGGUUGGGAUCAGUCUUGACAAGGAAACUCGAGGGAUGAAGCAAAGCGAUUCCUUGUCCGUUGAUAUCAAAGAGAGGGAGAGUGAAGGAGGCAUGGCCGAACUCCCAGAGUUAAUCCUGACAGAUGAGAAUGGCGACAGGGCUCGAGCUAUCGAGGGGUAUACACCAAAGAUUGGCCCCGUAUAUACUCGAAAAAUUAGCGGGGAGAAGGAAGAAUAAAUGUAAACUAGAGUUUAUAUCUGGCUUUCUAGAUAGGCUUUUUUAGCUUGCUCUCUCAGCCUCCUUUAUGCCCCCCCGGUGUAGUAUUAGGCUAGAUCUGCCGCAAUAUCAUCUCUGUCAAUACCA